AUGGCCGAACGUGAUAAUAACAUUGCCAGCUUUAUCAGUCUUGCCUUGAAGGACCUUAUAGACGAAGAUACAGACGAUGAAAUGGUUUCCCGGAAGCGUAGCAGAAAGCGUGCCACCAAUACGACAUUUCUUGCUGCAACUUUAAUAGGAACUCAGGCAAUAUUGGUAGGUGAAAAAAAGUCUCGAGUGAGGGGCUAUGUGGAAGAAGUCGUACCUGCCUAUACCGAUGAGGACUUCAGAAGAAUUUUUAGGAUGAAUCGAACAACAUUUUCCUUCCUUCUGGUGCACUUGGAGACUCUACCAGAACUACAGCCAUUGGGUCAUGGUAGAAGAGACCCAAUCAGCAUCCAAAAAGAGUUACUUAUUACAUUGUGGUAUGUUGGUGGAACUGAUCCUCAGAGAAAAAUAGCUGAUCGAUUUGGAGUGUCUGAAUCUACAGCUGUAGUGUGUAGGGACAAAAUUAUUUCCGCCUUAAUAGGAAUGAGACAGAACAUAAUAAGGUGGCCCAAUGCCCAGGAAUUGCAAACUGAGGAACAGUUAUUUCAAAUGCGUAAUGGAUUUCCUGGAAUAGUUGGUGCGAUUGAUGGGACGCACAUACAGAUAAAAGCACCGCGACACCAUCCCCAGAGCUAUGUCAACAGAAAACACUAUCAUUCAUUACAACUUCAGUGUGUGUGUAGACACAACAUGUUGUUUAGUCAUGUUUUUACUGGAUAUCCCGGAAGUGUGCAUGAUUCAAGAGUACUCCAGUUAUCAGAUUUAUGGGAAAGUUGUCCAGAUAAAUGUUUUAGAAAUUAUCACAUUCUUGGGGAUGGAGGUUCUCGGGCCGUUCACAAUGAUGCACAUUCUGGAAAAGGAAGAGGUAACCGUGGUUUGAGAGGCGAUGAUCGUACAGUCCAAGUCGGGAUUCUGGCCAUGAUCUAG